UUCAGCGCCCCGUGCAUGAGGAAGUUGGAAGCCAGACAUCAGGAACCUGUAUCAGAUACCUGGAACCCAAACCGGUGCAGUCUGCUGUUUGGGCAGACCAUGAGGAAAAUGGCUCAUUUCUUCUCGACGUGUAUCUUUAUAGUGAUCGGAUCCCAGCUGGUCCACUCCUCCGGGGUGUUUGAGCUGAAAGUGCACUCGUACAGCAGCCCCGGCGGGGUGUGCAAGGACUCGCAGGACUGCCGCAUCUUCUUCCGUGUGUGUCUCAAACACUCUCAGGAUGUGAUAUCGGCCGAACCUCCGUGCACAUACGGUACCGGACUGACGGACACCUUCAGCGCCGAACCGAGCUCCAUCGCCAGCAGCGCCCCCAUCAAAGUGCCCUUCAAUUUCAAAUGGCCGGGAACGUUUUCGUUAAUCAUUGAAGCAUGGAACACAGCCCCUUCGUCAGACCAGUCCACGGAAACCCAGAACACACGGCUGAGCCUGCUGGCCACUAAGCGGAGCCUGACCGCGGGUGAGAACUCCCUGCAGGACGAGCGGCUCGGGGAGCAGAGCGAACUGCGCUACUCUUACCAUGUCAUGUGUGAUGAGUUUUACUACGGAGAGAGCUGCUCGGUGUUCUGCCGGCCCCGGGACGACGCCUUCGGUCACUUCACGUGCGAUUCCUCCGGACAGAGGAUUUGUUUAUCUGGUUGGAAAGGCGAAUACUGCGGCGAACCCAUCUGCUCGCCUGGCUGCAGCGAUGAGCACGGUUAUUGUGAGACCCCUGGUGAGUGCAAGUGUCGCCUUGGGUGGGAGGGCCCCCUCUGCGAUGAGUGCCAGCGGCACCCUGGGUGCUUGCAUGGAACUUGCGACCAGCCGUUUCAGUGCGACUGCAAGGAAGGCUGGGGCGGCCUGUUCUGCAACCAAGACCUUAACUUCUGCACCAAUCAUAAACCCUGCAAGAAUGACGCCACAUGCACAAACACGGGUCAGGGGAGCUACACGUGUGCCUGCAAGCCUGGCUUCAGUGGCACCAACUGCGAGCUCGAGACCAACGAGUGCAACAGCAAUCCAUGCAAGAACGGCGGCAGCUGUAACGAUCUAGUGAACGACUACUCAUGUACGUGUCCCCAAGGCUUCUAUGGAAAGAAUUGUGAGGUGAGCGCUAUGACCUGUGCAGAUGGACCAUGCUUCAAUGGUGGAACCUGUAUGGAGACACCGACCGGAAGUUACUCCUGUCGCUGCCCUGUCGGUUACAUGGGCUCCAACUGUGAGAAGAAAAUUGACCGGUGCAGUAGUGACCCCUGUGCCAAUGGAGGCCAGUGUCUCGACCUGGGUCACAGCUUAAUGUGCCGAUGUCGCCCUGGCUUCAAAGGACUGCGUUGCGAGAUCAACAUUGACGAGUGUGCCCGUAACCCGUGUCGCAAUGCAGGCACCUGUGUGGACGGCAUUAAUGACUACACGUGCAAGUGCACGUUGGGCUUCACAGGCAAGGAUUGCAACGUGCGUACUGACGCUUGCAGCCUCCUGUCCUGUAGGAAUGGUGCCACAUGCUAUUUUCACUUCAGUGGGCCUGUGUGCAACUGCCCACCAGGAUUCAUGGGUUUGCAUUGCGAGUACAGCCAGCCAUCCACAAAACCGCCUCCUGUAUCUAGUUUCCCCGCAGUCCUGGCCAUUUCCUCUACCUUGGUCCUUAUCACACUGAUGCUGGUGCUGUGCGCUGCCAUCAUCCUUCUCAAACAGAUGAGACGUGGCAACAAAUUCAUGUUCUCAUCUGUGCGCAACAACCUGGAUACCAUCAACAAUCGCAGCUCGGUGAUCUCAAACGUUCAGUCCAGCUAUAAAGAGAAAGAAGCUUUCCUCAUCCCUGGUGGUCCGUUCAAGGUGUCCAACAAGGAUGCGGCGCUCAACUCGGGCAUCCUGGAUACUCUUUGUAAUGACAAGGCCAACAACAAGCAAAAGAUGCUGGACUACAAUCUGGCUAAAGAUGAGAAAAAUACAAAGGAUAAGCUAGACCUGAAAAACUCAGAGUCCUCUAUAUUAGUUUCCUCUUUAAGCUUUCCUAAAGAAGACUUGUAUCAUCCGGUAUACAUCCUUCCUGAACAAAAGGAACCGUGUGUUUUUGCUACUGAGGUUUAACAAUAUUGUGCACCUCAAUCAUCAUCAGGCUUGGCCUGAACAUGUUUACAUGCUUUUAAAGGACAAGUGAAGAGACACACAUAUAUAUAUAUAUAUAUAUAUAUAUAUAUAUAUAUAUAUAUAUAUAUAUAUAUAUAAUAUUUAUUGAUGCUGCUCAUAUCAAAGGACUACUUUUUGCUGUGGACAAUGUUGCGUAGACAAAGCAAGAAGAGCUUUAGGAGGGGUGAAAUUGCACAAUUUGCACUACAAUUGACUUUUUUUUAUAUCCAAUACAGAUGAAUAUAUAUACGUUUUUAAAAAGAAAAAUGAACUUGAUGGAACAAUGGAAAUGAAUCAAAGGAUCCUUAAUCACAAAAAGGCAGGACCUUUUCUCUCCAGGUGCCUUAUGAUGGGAAAAAAUAAAGGUGCAUCUCGAUCACGAAGAGCGCACUUUAUACCAAACGAGGCCUUGUAUCCAGUCAAUCAAAGCUAAAGACUCGCUGCUGAGGUAAUAUCAAUAUCGCUGAACAAAUCAAAAGCCUGACCGUGGAAUAUGAUGAGAGACGUGAAGAAUGAGGAUCUGCCUUCUGACAAGUCACCAAACCAAACCAAACAAAGGACUGCAGGCAAGGUGAACGCUGGUCAUGGGAAAUGAUCUGAAAUAUUGUGUAAGUGGGACUUGUUACACAACACCUAAUGUCUAUAAUGACCUUGACUACCAAGGAAAGCAAGCAAAGUCAAUCCAAAUAAGUGCCUAAUCUUCUUAUCUUACCAUUCCUGAAUGAAGAGGUACUUUGUUAGAAAAAAACCCAAAAGGUAUUUGUAACUUUAGGACUUUGAAAAGAAGAACUCGAAAUAUAUUUUCUAUACAAAGAAGUCAUAUCCCUCAGCAGUCAGGGUUCAGAGGUGUUUUCCAGCAGAGGUUGAGAUGGAUUAAAAAAAAAAGCAAAAACAGCUUUAUAGCUUUCAUCCGACAACUUUUUCAUCUACAAUCAACGGAGCUAUUUCCUACAUUCCUGUGGCUUAAACGAAGCCAUUCUUUCGAGCAGAUCUGCAUCAGGGUCUUUUAAAAAAAGACUCCACUAAAGAGUUUUUAUGAUAUUUUUUCACUGUAUACCAAAUAGACAACUUAUGUUCAUUCAUAUCCUUCUUAAUUUAACAGUGCAGUGUUGUACAAAACCGUGAGAUGUUCCUAAUAUUUAAUUUGUAAAUAAUUUGUAUUUAUGAACAGAAUUGUAUAUAUGUCAAUGUUAUGUGCCAUUUAUCACAAAGUCAUACACACACACACACACACACACACACGCACACAUUUUUUUUUCUUAAAAUAAAUCAUAAAACUA